AUGGCCCCCUUCUCCAAGAGACGGGCCACCGUGGUUACUCAAAAAAUGCCCUUGAUGGUCGCCGCCGGUCCCAUGAUCUCGCCGAAAAGAUCGGCCAUCCGGCGUGGUUUCUCCUUGGGGACGACCGUGGAGGUGGAAGCCCUGGUACACAGCCUGCUGUUUUUCCUGCCUUGGCUGGAUGUCUUCAAGAAGGAGGACAUCAGACUCAAAACUGUCCGUAUUCCAUCUCAAACGGUGGUCACCAGAUACCUGGCGCGCGUUGAGGUGAGUGUCGUGUGUCUCUUCCGCAUCGAGAACGUCCUCAGCACCGUGUCUCUGUCCAACCCUCGGGAGCUGCUCCAAGCUCUGGUCCAGGGAGCGCUCCGGGACGUCCGGGCCCGCCACGACUUCCACCAGUUUCUGCUCUACAGGAAGCUGGUUGGGCGAGAGGUCCGGGUGGCAGCUGACUCCCUGGCCGGUCUCAAAAUGGAAAGGGCGGACAUAGAGGAGGUGAGCAUACCAGAGGAGCUACAACAGAACAUGAGGGAGCAGCAGAGAGACGUCCAACGACGAGCUCAGAUCAUAGUGAGCGGGGCGGAGGGCGAGCGAGCGGCCUGCCAACUGAGGGAGUCCCUGGACUCCAUAUCCGGUUCUCCUGCUGCCAUCCAGCUGCGCCUCCUCCAGCUCCUCACCACCCUCCAAAGAUUUGAGCGACCCCCGCUGCUCCUCACACUCCCCUCCGACCUCCUCACCAUGACCCAGGACCUCUCCCGGCUCCCCCCACCCCCACCCUCCCUCUCAGCAGCAGAGGAGAGGGAGGAGGAGCAGACAGACUCACCUAUGAUGUAA